AUGGCUGCUCCCAACGACGGCUACGGCCACGGCCAGUACCCGCCACAACAGUACGGACAGGAGGCGCCAUACUCUGAUCAACCUGCUGCUGGCUUCGAGCCCCAGGCGGAACCCUCGCCCCAAGCAGCUGCAUAUCCCGGCACCGAUGCUGGCAAAAAGAAGAAGAGGGGUUAUGCCGCCCAGGCCUUCGAUAUUGGAAGCGGCGCAAAUGUUAGUCCUGCGGGUUCGAACAUGCCCCCCUUUCCCGCCGGAGGAGUUACUGCCGGUGCAGCUCAGCCUGCUCAAGGAUACGGAGGCUAUCCGGGACAAGGAUUCCAACAGCCGGCAGCCUACGGCUCUCCUGCUCCGGCGCCGUACGAUGCUCAGCAGCCGGGCACUCCUGCUCAACCAGGAGUAGGUGGCUACCAAUCUCCUGACGCUUACUAUCAGCCUGGACCUGGGCAGCAGCCUCCGGCUAUGGGCAUGGGCGGCAUAACGCAGAACAUGGCUGGAUUGAGUAUGGGAGGUCCUGGCGCAGCCCCGGCACAACCCGGUGUUCAGCAACCCGGUCAGCAGCAAGCCCGCCUCGCCCUAAACCAGCUCUACCCGACCGACCUCCUAAACCAGCCGUUCAACGUCUCCGAACUUGACCUGCCGCCUCCGCCCUGCGUACUACCACCUAAUGCCAGUGUCACCCAGUCCCCUGACGCCAACUGCCCGCCCAAGUAUAUCCGAUCCACUUUAAACGCAGUUCCUACCACCCAUUCCUUGUUGAAGAAGUCCAAGCUACCCUUCGCCCUUGUCAUCCAGCCGUAUGCUGCUCUGCACGAUAUCGACGACAACGUGCCGGUCGUUCAGGAUCAGGUCAUUGCCAGAUGCCGGAGAUGUAGAACCUACAUCAACCCCUAUGUCGUUUUUCUCGACCAAGGCCAUAGGUGGAGGUGCAACAUGUGCAACCUGACAAACGAUGUGCCGCAAGCCUUUGACUGGGAUGCCGCCGCCCAGAAGAGCGUCAACCGAUGGGACAGAUAUGAACUGAACCACUCUGUCGUCGAAUUCGUUGCUCCGCAGGAAUAUAUGGUCCGCCCUCCGCAGCCGCUUGUCUAUCUCUUCCUGUUCGAUGUGAGCUACGCUGCUGUGUCGACGGGUCUGCUCGCUACGAGCGCACGAACCAUUUUGGACAGUCUUAACCGCAUACCGAAUGCCGAUCGACGAACUCGCAUAGGAUUCAUCGCCGUCGACUCCAGCUUGCACUACUUUGCCAUCCCCAAGGACGACGAAGAGAAUGGAGAGACGAACAUGUUGGUCGUGAGCGACCUCGAGGAGCCGUUCUUGCCUGUGCCCCAAGAGCUACUGGUUCCUUUGGCGGAUUGUCGCGGUAGCAUCGAGAACUUCCUGGUCAAGCUUCCCGAGAUGUUCCAGAACAACCAGAACAACGGCUCAUGCAUGGGGUCAGCUCUGAGAGCUGGCCACAAACUCAUCUCACCCCUUGGUGGAAAGAUCGUGGUUCUCAGCGCCUCGCUGCCGAACAUGGGCACUGGAAAGCUAGAGAUGCGAGAAGACAAGAAAUUGUUGGGCACAUCCAAGGAAAGCGGUCUCCUCCAAACCGCCAACAGUUUCUACAAAUCAUUCGCCGUGGAAUGCUCAAAAAACCAGGUCUCGAUCGAUAUGUUCCUCUUCUCCUCGCAAUACCAGGAUGUGGCUUCUCUUAGCAACUUGCCUCGGUACACGGGUGGUCAGACUUGGUUCUAUCCUGGUUGGAACGCUGGCCGGGCUGAGGACGCCAUGAAGUUUGCUUCGGAAUUCAGCGAUUUCUUGUCUUCCGAGAUCGGUCUGGAAGCUGUUCUCCGGGUCCGUGCUACCACUGGUCUGCGGAUGAGCACGUUCUACGGCAAUUUCUUUAACAGGUCUUCAGAUCUUUGUGCUUUCCCAGCUUUUCCCCGCGAUCAAUGCUAUGUUGUCGAGGUGGCCAUCGACGAGAGCUUGCAGAAGAACUUUGUCUGUCUUCAGGCUGGCGUUUUGUACACAACGUGCAACGGCGAGCGGCGUAUUCGGGUCAUGACUCUGGCCCUGCCGACGACGACAAACCUUGCGGAUGUGUAUGCCUCAGCAGACCAGUGUGCUGUCACGACGUACUUCAGCCACAAGGCGGUCGAGAGAGCUCUGGGUAGCGGUCUAGAUGCCGCCCGUGACGCCCUUCAGAGCAAGCUUACCGAGCUCCUCCAAACUUUCAAGAAGGAGCUUGGUGGUGGAAGCAUGGGUGGCGGGGGUCUCCAGUUCCCCGCCAACCUGCGUGGCCUCCCUGUGCUUUUCCUGGGUUUGAUCAAGAACGUGGGUCUCCGGAGGUCAGCACAGAUCCCCUCGGAUCUGAGGUCAGCGGCUCUGUGCCAGCUUUCCACAUUACCUCUUCCACUCUUAAUGCAGUACAUCUAUCCCCGACUGUACUCACUGCACGACAUGCCUGACAACGCUGGAGUUCCCGACCCAGAGACAAGUCAGAUUGUGCUACCGCCGCCAUUGAACCUGUCUUCAGAACGAUUUGUCUCGUACGGUCUGUACUUGAUCGAUGACGGCCAGACACAGUUCCUGUGGAUCGGCCGAGACGCGAUUCCCCAACUGCUCACGGAUGUGUUUGGCGUGGCAGAUCGCACGCAACUGCGGGUGGGCAAGGGCAGUAUUCCAGAGCUGGACAACGACUUCAACGAGCGGGUACGAGCGGUGGUUCAGAAGAGCAGAGAUCACCUCUCACGUGGUGUUGGCAGCAUUAUUGUACCUCACCUGUACGUGGUGCGGGAGGACGGUGAGCCGAGCUUGAAGCUGUGGGCGCAGACGUUGCUGGUGGAGGACCGUGCGGACCAGGGAAUGAGCUUUGGUCAAUGGAUGGGGACCAUGAGAGAAAAGGUGGUACAGUAG